AUGCCGGUCUUGUGUCUGGAGUCUCCAAGAGAAAUCUUCCAGGCAUGGUUCUUGGAAGAACGGGCCACACCUGUGUCACAGCGUCCAGGUUACAUCCAUGCCUAUCUUGGGAUCACCCACAAAGUCACCCACUCCCCUUUGGGGCUUAUUUAUGCAGGUCCCACCAUCGUCAGGGGUUCACAUGUGACAGCUGUGGGGUUCUUCUUUCUGGGCUUGGAAUCUUCUCCUUCUCCACUGGAAGGGUGGGGCUGGCGCUGGCUGGUGGGGAGCCCUUGUGGGCAGCUUGCGUUUUGUCCUGCCCCUCCCGCCUUCGCAACACGCUCUCAGCGGAGCUCGGGGCAUCGCCUGCAUCACACUGCCCAGGGGCGGGCCGGCCUGUCGCUGCGUUGCCGCGCUGUGCCCGCAGCCCUUGCCCGGGCAACCGCCGAGGGUCGUGCGCCGUUGGCCCUCCCGCCUCCCCCUUGGCGGGGCCCUUCCCUUUACUACGGCGCUGGUGACAUUCAGCAGGACCGGCUAGCGCAGCCGGGCUCCCCGCGGCGCGCCGAGGCUGGGGCGCCCGCGGCUGUCUGCACCUCUCACCCGGGCACCUCCGGAGCAGCAGCCCAGAGCUCCCGGAAGGCCCGGAGACCCCGGGACGGACAGCCUUGGCGGGCGGAUCCCCGCCCCCAGCCCGGGUCCAGGAGCUUCGGUCCGCCCUGCCCAGCCCAGCUCAGGCGCAGGGCGAGGACCGAGGCGGCGAGAGCCAGGGGGACCCGGCCUCCCUGCUCGUAUAUGGCAAAGUUUCUCGCGGCGCUCCUGGGCUGCACGCUGCCGAGCAAGGGCGCCUCUCCCAUGCUGGAGUCGAAAAGCCAUUCCCAAAUUGGCCUGAAAUCAAGCACAAAGCAAAAGGGCACCAUUUUUAGCACACUGGCUGGUGAGAAGCCCUCAUCUGACUACAAAAAGGAGCAGCGAUGGAAACCUGUGUCCUGCAGCCUCGCUGCCACGUGCCUCACGAGCCCUCUGAUUGAGAAGCCAGGAGGGAAAGAACCCCCCUCCUCUGACGUACAGGAAGGAUGCUCGAAAUAGAAGCAAAAGCAGAAACCCCAGGCCAUAGAGGAAACCCUAAAUGAACCUGCAUGCCUGCAAG